AGUUGCCCGGUUUUGGAAUCUCGGGAUAACUCGACUAAAUUCUGCAAAGAUGACGCAUUUGUCAUCACAGUCCCGUCAUCCGGACCCCCGCUACCCGGAACGGUACCUACCGCACUCGUCCCAAGUUGACCGGAAAUGAUUUCUGUUCCAUCUCACCCCGCCCCGAAGUUGCGAGGUUGGGGAAAAACACCCGUCGUAUGCCGAGUUAGCAAACAUGAAGGUAACACAACUCUACGUGUACCCAAUCAAGGCGCUGCGGGGCAUCUCCCUCUCGACCGCCCGCCUAGGCCCGCUGGGGAUAAAAUACGACCGGCACUUCAUGCUAUUCAGGGAGCAACCCGACGGCCAGCUAAAGAAGCUCCAGCUGUCCUCGCACCCGCAAUGCGCCCUCUUCGAGCAGCGCAUCGCCUCCGACCCCGCCACGGGCGAACCCCUCGUCAUCGUCCGGUACCACGCCCCGCCGGAACCCCUCGCCCCACCCCACCCGGCCCAGGAAGCGGAGCUCUCGGUCCCGCUGGAGCCCGAGGUGGCGGCCCUUAAGCAGAUCCAGAUCAACCUGCACGGCAGCCCCGCGUCGGCCGCCUACCGCGUGGGCCCCGCCUACGACGCCUGGUUCGGCGCCUGCCUAGGCUUCGACGUUGUGCUGGUCUACAUCGGCGACGGGCGGAGGCGCGUCCUCGGCUCCUCCCUGCCGCCCCCGCCCCCGUCUCCGCAACAGCAGCAGAAGGGCUGGCUCUCGACGCUUGCGUCGUACGCGGUAGGGACGACAACGACGACGACGACGGGACCGCCCCCGGCGUUGCUUACCUUCAGCGACGUGGCGCCGUUCCUGGUGACGGCCGAGUCGUCGCUGGGCAGCGUGCGGGCUCGCCUGUCGGCCGGGGACGGGGCCGGGGGUGGGCUGGAGAUGUACAAGUUCCGGCCCAACGUGGUGGUCGAGGGCGAGGGGGAGUGGGCCGAGGACUUCUGGGCCGAGCUGACCGUCGUCGGGUCCGGGUCCGGGUGGGAGGGUGCCCGGUUGCUGCUGACGGGGAACUGCGCUCGGUGCACGUCGCUCAAUGUGGAUUACCGGACGGGCAGGACCGCGGAUGGGGAGCUGGGCACGGUGCUGAAGAAGCUGAUGAGGGAUCGGAGGGUGGAUCCGGGGGUCAAGUGGUCGCCCAUUUUCGGGCGGUAUGCGUUCCUCGACGGCCAGGAUGAGAUUGAGAUCGAGGUGGGCGACGAGGUGGAAGUGACGGGACGCAGGAGUGAGAGGUCUGUGUGGGAUUGGCCUGGUCUCUCGUGACGCAUCUUCUUGUGUCUCUUGGUCUUGCGUCUGGCAUGUCUGGGUAGGUUUCCUUUUUCUUCUUCUUUUGUUUUCAUUAUCCCCCCUUUUCUUUUAGUUCAACACACGUCUAUCUAGGUGGGUGCAUCGGUUCAGAUUGUUGA